UUGACUCAUCGUCUUCUUUCUCUCUUAAAAAGCGAGAGAAACGAUUUCAGAACAAGGCGAGCGAAGGAGAGAGACUUUCGAAGGCGACCGAGCAAUCGCGAGCAAACGCUUUUGUUUCCUUCUCUCUUACAACACUUCCACUCCUUUUCUCCUUCUCCGUCUCUCUCUGAGUUUUGAGGAGUUAAAGCUUAAAAUAAACAAAUAUUUUAUAAUAUGAUAUGAAAAUUAUAUAGAGCAAUCCCUCGAAAUCAUCAAGGUUCUCCGGUUUAUCGGGGCGAUGUAUCUGUAACCCCUUCCGCCGACAACCUCGCUUUUGGGUUUCUCAAACCCUUGCUCCACUGUCUACUGCCCACACUACCAAAGACUCUCUCUCUCUCUCUCUCUCUCUCUCUCUCUCUCUCUCUCUCUUUGGAAAUUGUAGAUUGUAGAUGCUUUUUGUAAAUAGAUACCCUUGCAGAAGAAUCCAGUCAUCUUCUAUCUGCUGCUACACUUCAUCAUCUCCGGAAUGACGAACAACGCACCGGAAGGCUUAGGCGACGAUUUCUUUGAUCAAGUCUUAGGGAUUCCUUACAUGGGCAACGAAUCUGCUUUGCCGGGAAAUGAUGGGAAUUUGGCGGGAACGGCGGCAGGGGCAUCGUCGAUGGUUCUGCAGCUGGGCUCUGGGGGAGUGUCUCGUCACGUGCCUAGUGGUAGUGGGUAUCAGGGGACGACGACAGCCUUUCCCUUGGGAUUGAGCUUGGAACAGGGGAAAACUGGGUUUAUGAAACCGGAGGAAGCUUCCGGAAGCGGUAAACUGUUUCGAGAAGGUGUUGAUGCAAAGCUUCCUACGGGAAAGAACGACAGAGACUCUGUGCAGUUGACGAGUUUGUUCCCGGCGUUUGGACAUGUACAGGCGCACUCGGUCUGGCCUGCUGCACCUCAGCCUCAGGUUCAUCAGCCUUUCCACAGUCAAUCUACACAGCCUGCGGUUCCUUCUGCACCUCAUUCACAUUCACCAGGCAUCCGUCCAAGAGUGCGGGCCAGACGAGGGCAAGCCACUGAUCCCCACAGUAUUGCCGAGCGGUUACGUAGGGAGAGGAUAGCAGAAAGAAUGAAGGCUUUGCAAGAACUUGUACCUAGCUCCAACAAGACAGACAGAGCAGCCAUGCUUGAUGAGAUCGUGGAUUAUGUGAAGUUUCUCCGGCUCCAAGUAAAGGUUCUGAGCAUGAGCAGACUUGGGGGAGCUGGUGCAGUGGCACAACUUGUAGCUGACAUCCCACUAAACUCAGUUGAGGGGGAAGGAAGUGAGAGUGGAAGCAACCAGCGAACGUGGGAGAAGUGGUCAAACGAUGGCACAGAACGACAAGUAGCAAAGCUUAUGGAAGAAGAUGUUGGGGCAGCAAUGCAAUUCCUGCAAUCCAAGGCACUCUGCAUCAUGCCACUAUCGCUUGCCUCAGCCAUCUACCACACACAUCAACCAGACAGCUCGACACUAGUGAAGGCGGAGUCCAACAGCCCUUCAUAGAUUGAAAGGCAAGGCGACACAAUUGCACGUGCUCAUCUAUGACUCCCUACAUUCUUCCAGGGCCCAAUCUCCCCUUAAUGGUCUUAUUCCAAAUCCACCAAUUUAUAGUUACUACUGGGGAUGGUUACCACUGAACACCUCUCGCUCGCGAAAUUGCAAUCAAAGUCAGACACCAUAAUGUUGCCUUUUCUCCCUGUUUCGUCAAACAGGCUCUGAUGUCAUUCUAGAAGAGGGGGAAAAAUUGCAGGCACUAAGCAUGUCAUGCUGGAUUCAAGCCAAUUGAGAUUGUGAAGGCUGUCCUUGCUAUGCUUUUCUGUUUUUCUCUUCUUUUUUUCCCCACCUUGGUUUAUCAGUGGGAAGUAGUGGAUGGACAAAGCACGUUUGCAGUGGGGACCUUUCUUUUUCAUCUGUUUUUUUCUCCUUUUCCCCCCUAUGUGGUGGGUGUGUGGGACCUUCAAAAAGGGAUGGAUGAGUACAUAUAUUGUAUUCAGAGAAAGGAAUCUGAAAAUGGAUAAUUGUUGGUCAUUUUGAAAAGUUAUGUUGGAAGGUUUUAGUCUGAAUAGAAAUUGAUUGUGCUUCUUGGUU